AUGUCUCUAUCACACCUCCUACUUCGACUAUCCAUUACGGAGGAACUGGAUUUAAUUUGUUCUUUGACCAUCGCAUUUCUUACAUACCCACCCUCACGGCUCAAUUUUUUUACUAUUUAUCCUUCUACGGCAAUGCUUUACCGGUUUUAUCAUAAUGGCCUUGCUGCUUCGUUUUUGCUGGGUGCGCUAAAGUUCAUGGUAUUGUUUUCUCUUCAAACAAUGUCGAAGGAAUAUGCUCAAGAUAUUGCGGGCGGGGAUAAGUAG